UGUUUUUCUGACAUAUUCCACCUUUUACACUCUUUUAUUUACCUCUCAACUAAAUCAAAAUUAAUUUCUUGUUACACAAAAUACGUCAGCCUGUUUUGUUGUUGCCUUUGUAUUUAUUGUAAAAAGAGGAGCCAUGUUUUGGUGUAUUGAUUGAGAGAGAAGGAGAAGAAGAAGAAAGAUGGUUUGUUUCACAUUUCGUUUUCGUGUUGAAUUAUUCCUCUCAACACCUUUUCACCUCCACACGCUUUCAAACUCAACUCAAGUCAAAUAAAUAAUUGAAUUUUGCAAUUUACAAUUUCGAUUUCGGUUUCAAUUGCUCGUGAUUAUGAGAUCAGGAUUCAGCACGAUUCAGCAGACGCUGACGCCGGAGGCGUCCGCCGUCGUGAGCCAGUCCAUCGCGGAGGCGCGGCGGCGGAAGCACGACCAGACGACGCCGCUCCACGUGGCGGCGGCGCUGCUGUCGUCGCCGUCGGGGUAUCUCCGGCAGGCGUGCGUCCGGUCCCACCCGAACUCGAGCCACCCUUUGCAGUGCCGCGCGCUCGAGCUCUGCUUCAGCGUGGCGCUGGAGCGGCUCCCCACGGCGCAGGGCGCGGCGGCGCCGGAGCCGCCGGUGUCGAACGCGCUGAUGGCGGCGCUGAAGCGGGCGCAGGCGCACCAGCGGCGGGGGUGCCCGGAGCAGCAGCAGCAGCCACUCCUGGCGGUGAAGGUGGAGCUGGAUCAGCUGAUCAUCUCCAUCUUAGACGACCCCAGCGUGAGCCGCGUCAUGAGGGAAGCCAGCUUCUCCAGCCCCGCCGUCAAGGCCGCGAUUGAGAACGCCAUCGCCCCCAAAUUGUUCUCUAAUAAUCCGCCUCAGCUGUCGCAGAAUCGGAACGUCUAUUUGAAUCCGCGCCUGCUGCUAAACGAGGAGGUGAAGAAGGUGGUGGAGGUUAUGCUGAGGGGGCAGAAAAGGAACCCGAUUCUCGUGGGGGAUUCGGAGCCGGAGGGGGUGGUGAGGGAGUUGCUGAGGAAGGUGGAGAGCAGGGAGUUUGAGAGGGAUGGGAUUUUCAAGAAUGUAAGUGUGAUUUCAAUGGUGAAGGGGGUUUCAGUGGAGGAGGUGGGAGGGAUUUUGGAGAGCAGGAUUAGGAGUGGAGGGGUGAUUCUUGAUUUGGGUGAUCUGAAAUGGGCGGUGGAGCAGCCGAUGGCGGUGGCGGAGAUGGGGAAGGUGGUUGCAAGAUUCAAGGGAGACGGUGGUAAUAAGCUUUGGUUGAUUGGGACUGCAACUUGUGAGACUUAUUUGAGGUGCCAAGUUUAUAAUUCUACAAUGGAGACUGAUUGGGAUCUUCAAGCAUUGCCGAUGGCUCCGAGAUCGCUGCCCACCGGGGCUUUUCCGAGAAUUGGAGCUGAGAGACUUUUGAGUAUGCCAGUGGAGCCUCUGAAGGGUCUUCCUCCAUUAAGUAGGCGCAUAUUUGAGAGCUCCAAUUCAUCUGAACGAGCCCCCUGCUGCCCUCAGUGUUCGGAGAAUUAUGAGAAGGAGGCGGCCAAGCUCACCACGGUUCACAAGUCGUUCACGGAAGCAUCACUGCCACCAUGGUUGCAAAAUGCCAAACUCAAUACUAGUGAUGCUUCACAAGGACUUGUCUCCAAGCAGAGAGUUCAAGAAUUGCAGAGGAAAUGGAGGGAUAUAUGUUUGCAUCUUCAUCCCAACUUCCACGGUUGCAGACCAACGCUCUCUAUGGCAAGCUUGCAUAGUCCGAACCUUCUCACACCACCAUCGCUCCACCUUACGCUGCAGGGAGCAAAGUCCUUGCAGCUCAACACUGAUCAAGCUACUCAUAGCCCUCCAGGAAGUCCUGUGAGGACUGAUCUUGUUCUUGGACGAAAAGGUACCAUUUGUGAAGAUCAAGCUAGAGACUUAUUGGAUUGUGUCUCGUUCCAACCACGGACAAAGCCACUCGAUAAAUUAUCUAGCACUUUGGAUGCGGAUGUGUACAAGAAACUGCUUAAGGGCCUCAUGGAGAAGGCGUGGUGGCAGGCAGAGGCAGCCUCCAAGGUGGCCUCUACCAUUACGAGUUGCAGAUCAGGCAAUGGGAGACGUCGGGGGGCUGCAUCGAGAGGGGAUAUAUGGCUGUUGUUUACAGGUCCUGAUAGGGCUGGGAAGAAGAAGAUGGCAGCAGUGAUAGCUGAGCAGAUUUGUGGGACUAAUCCUUUCAUGAUAUGUCUUGGCAUGCGACGAGAUGAUGAAGAACAAGAGGCUAACUUCCGAGGUAGAACAGCCAUUGACCGGAUAGCAGAGGUGGUCUGGAGGAAUCCAUUUUCGGUGAUCAUGCUUCAAGACAUCGACGAAGCGGACAUACUGUUCCUAGGGAGCAUCAAACGUGCCAUUGAGAGGGGCCGGAUUGCUGAUUCUAAUGGCCGCGAGGUCAGCCUUGGCAAUGCCAUCUUCAUCCUCACUGGCGACUGGUCAGCAACGAAUGCUGAAGCUCUAAGAGAUGCCAGAUUUGUAGAUGAAAAGAAGCUUGCUGCCACAGCCGGAGGCAGUUGGCGGUUAGGCCUAGUUGUGAGGGAGAAAACAAGCAAACGCCGUGCUAGUUGGUUGCAGGACGUUGAUCAUGAUUAUGAUGAUGGUAGGCCGAUGAAGCCACGGAGAGAGGCUGCGUGUGGUCUCUCGUUGGACUUGAAUCUCGCAGCUGGAGACGCAGAGGAUGAUCGAACGGAUGGCUCUCAUAACUCGAGCGACCUCACUAUCGAUCACGAGGAGGAGUUCAGCCAUGCCAACCAGCAUAUUUCAGUUACAUCAGUUCCUCAUGAUCUUCUCAACAAUGUGGAUGAGUCUGUCGUGUUCAAGGCCGUCGACUCUGCCUUCACUCGGACAGAGAUCAAGAAGGCGAUCGCCUCAAAAUUUUCAACUACGGUGGACGAAAACUUGUCUUUAGAGAUAGAAGAUGAUGUGCUAGACAUGAUCCUAGGAGGCCUAUGGCAUGAUAAGACCAGUUUGCAGGAAUGGAUUGAGAAGGUUCUAGAACCGAGCUUCGGUCAGCUCAAGCCCCGGGUAUCGGGUAGUGGCCAGAGUGGCGCUGUGGUGGUCCAUCUUGGGGUCGAAUCGGACUCCGACAGCCGUGGGCGGAGCAGGAACAGGGGAGAUUGGUUGCCUAGUAGCAUCUUAGUAUGAAUGAAAGAAUGAGAGUAAUGUUUGAGGGUAUAUAAAUGGUAUUUCUUGUUCCUGUUGGGGUCAUUUGUAAAUAUAUAAAACUUUUGGCUUUGGGAGGGGAUGGUUUAGAAAUUUGAAGACUUAGAAACUUAAAAGUUGUUAAAGAAAAAAACUUUUUAGAGAGUGA